AUGAUCCCGCGCCUCCUCCGCCGCUCCCUCCUGAGCUCCGCCAGUCGCCAAGCCCGCGUGCCAAGAAUCGCCGCGGCCCAACAAUGGCUACAGUCGCGAUCUUUCUCCGCCUCCCCAUCCAGUAAACUAAUGGAUCUUAGCUGCUUUUCGCAAAACCAGCUGAUGGUCCGAGAUGCCAUAGAGAAGAUUUGUUCGAACUUUCCUGACGAAUACUGGGCGGAGCACGAUGAAUCGGGCCAAUACCCCCAUGAGCUGCACGCGGCAUUGGCUAAAGAUGGCUGGAUAGGAAUCGCUCUUCCCGAGGAGCUGGGAGGAGCUGGCCUGGGCAUCUCAGAAGCGACGAUGAUGUUACAGACGAUUGCGCAGAGCGGUGCCGGUCUUGCUGGUGCGCAGUCGAUUCACGCCAAUGUUUACGCUACUCAGCCCGUUGCCAAGUUCGCGACGGAAGAGCAAAGGCAGCAGAUGUUGCCUAGGUUAAUCGCUGGGGAUUACAGAGUUUGUUUUGGAGUCACGGAACCAAACACGGGGCUCGAGACGUUGAAACUCCGCACAGAGGCGAUUAGGGACGGCGAUUCUUGGAUAUCCUCUGCCCAAGUCGCCAGGCGAAUGGUCCUGCUCGCUCGCACCACCCCACUCGAGGAAGUGAAGAAACCAUCAGAGGGCUUGUCGCUCUUCUUCAUCGACUUCGACAAGGAUGCGCCGGGCUUGGAGCUGCGCAAGAUUAAGAAGAUGGGCGGCCGAGCCGUUGACGCGAACGAGGUCUUCUUCGACAAUUACCGUAUCCCUGCGGAUUCCCUCAUUGGUCGCGAGGGCGACGGUUUUAAAAUCGUCCUCCACGGCAUGAACGCCGAACGCUGCCUCCUUGCCGGCGAAGCACUGGGAUUAGGCUACGUCGCCCUCGAAAAGGCGGCCAAGUACGCCAAGGAGCGCAUCGUCUUCGGCCGGCCCAUCGGCCAGAACCAGGCCAUCGCCCACCCGCUCGCAGACGCCUACAUGAAUCUUGAAGCAGCAAAGCUAGCCACAUACCAUGCCACGAAUCUAUAUGAUGCCGCCAAGACUGAUAAGUCUAUUACGCAGAAGGCAGUUGGGGUUGCGUGUAACUCGGCCAAGUAUCUGGCGGCGGAGGCCGCGUUUACGGCGUGUGAGAGAGCGGUGCUUGCGCAUGGUGGGAUGGGAUAUGCGCAGGAGUAUAACGUAGAGCGGUAUCUGAGGGAAUGCUUUGUGCCGCGGAUUGCGCCUGUUAGUCGGGAGAUGAUUAUGAACUAUGUCAGUGAGAAUGUGCUGGAUCUGCCUCGUAGCUACUAG